AUGGUUUUCUCUUCUCUUCCACUGAAUCAGUUUGAUUCACAUAACUGGCAACAGCAAGGGAACCAACAACAGCUAGACCGUCUCACAACGAACCAAAACCCUAAUAAUUAUUCACCUCAGCUCUCAUCACCACCUGCUUCUCAAGCUGGCUCGAGCCAAGCUAGAGUGAAUUCGAUGGUGGAACGUGCUCGGAUCGCGAAAGUCCCACUGCCUGAAGCAGCUCUAAAGUGCCCUAGAUGUGACUCCACCAAUACCAAAUUCUGUUACUUCAAUAACUACAACCUUACUCAGCCUCGCCAUUUCUGCAAAACAUGUCGCCGCUAUUGGACACGUGGCGGUGCCUUGAGGAAUGUUCCUGUUGGAGGAGGCUUCCGGAGGAACAAGAGAAGCAAAUCCAACGGUGGAAAUGGCGGUGGGAGAUCGAAAUCUACGGUUGUGGUUUCGGCUGAUAACAAUAGUAAUACUUCAUCGCUUACUUCUCACCCAAGUUACUCAAACCCUAGCAAGUUUCUUAACUAUGGCCAAAUCCCGGGGUUUACUUCCAACUUACCCAUCUUGCCUCCUCUACAAAGCCUAGGAGACUACAAUUCAAGCAACAUCGGUUUAGAUUUUGGCGGAUUUCAAAUAAGCGGGAUGAGUUCUAGUGGUGGGAUCUUGGAUCCAUGGAGAAUGUCUUCAUUGCAACAAACUCAACAAUUCCCUUUCUUGAUCAACAAUACAGGGUUGGAGCAAUCUUCAAAUGUGUUAUAUCCACUACUAGAAGGUAAUGAAGGUGCUAAUCAAGGUGAUCCUCAACAAGCGAGUAGUGAUAAUUCCAGUCAGUUAAGGUCUAAGCCUUUGAUGAAUAUGGCUUCAGGCGGGGAUGGAGCCGCGCAACCAAGAAAUGUGAAGGCGGAAGAGAAUGAUCGGGAUCAGGAUAGGGAUGGUAACGGAGUGAAUAACUUAUCAAGGAACUUCUUGGGGAAUAUGAACAUAAAUUCAACUGGGGAGUACACAUCAUGGGGAGGUAAUAAUUCGUGGACCGGUUUCACCUCCAACAACUCAACAGGCCAUCUCUCAUUCUAA